UUGUGAACUUAAUUGCGCACAACACAGAUCAGCUGCUUGUUAUUAUUUUUAAUUUUUCACUCUUUAUCUAAUUAAUUGCGUCAAAAGCGGGAAAUUAAAUGAAAAUUUAUUAGCAAUGUCGCGAGGAUAUAAUUGGCAAACCGCUACAGAGCGCGAAAACACUGCCCAGUCCCAAUUAGUCACAAACACUUAUGACGUACUUGAGCGAAGCUCGGCGAGCAUACAACGUUCGAACCAAGUUGCUAUAGAGACUGAGCAAAUUGGCACGGAAGUUUUAACGGAACUCAACGAACAACGAGAAUCUUUAUUACGUUCAUCACGGCGACUUCAGGAUGCAGACGCAGAUAUACGGCAAUCAAGAAACAUUAUAAGAAAAUUGCGUCGUGAAGUGCUUUACAACAAACUCAUACUGGUGCUAAUUAUCGUUCUGGAAAUAUGUGUUUUGGCCGGAUUAAUAGUUAUUAAAUUUGUACGCUUUUAAUUUUAUAUAUUGAUAUGUAUGUGUACAGAUAACACACUCUAUACGAGUACACCACGAAUUGAUUAGCUCGGUUUAAGAUGUAAACUGUAAACUUUAUUCGAAACAUUUCCAUGUCAGGUUGCUUAACAUUUUUGUAAAUAACAACUUUCCUAGAGCAUAAGCUAUAUAAAGGUGUGAUAUACGCAAAUGGUAAUGCAACAGGUCUACGUGUCAUAUGGAGAGUUUUAUAUUUAUAUUAUGAAAUAUUGAUUAGUGAUCAAUACACACUUAGAGUAAAUAUAAUAUGUAUAUGUAUUCGCAUAAAAACUAUAAUAUUUAAUAGAUGAUUUAGGUAUAUAUAUAUUUUUAAUAAAUACACAAAAAUGAUAACAA